AAAGAAAACUUCUUGCUGUAGUGCAAGUUGCCGGCACUCGGCUCGACGCACUCGCAAAGCAGAAUCACUCGUUUGUAUCACGACCUGCGAGCAAGAUCUGAGCUGCGAGGUGAGAAGAAACAACGGAGCCGCAAAAAUUUCCAAUCGUCCUGCGGCGGGAUUUGCAUCAGCCAGCACCGGGACAUGCCCUUUCGAAGGGUCGUCGGACGAAUUUGAUCUGCACAGGAAUUUCUCAGGCAACCUAGCUGAACUAAAAUGGACGCAGGAAAAAAGUUUGAAAACCCACAUCCCAGGGCCAAGGCAAAUUGUCUCUCAGCCUUAACAUUUUGGUGGACAACUCGCAUGUUCUUUAAGGGCUAUAAAGAUGAUCUGGAAGUUGAAGAUCUGUAUGACCCUUUGAACGAGCACAAGUCUGAUAGAUUAGGUGAUAUAUUAGAAAGAAAUUGGAAGAAGGAACAGGAAAAAUGCAGCAAAAAAGGCACACCGAGUUUCUUCAAAGCCAUGUGGGCCACUUUCGGCUUGAAGUUCAUGGCCUAUGGUAUUGUGCUGUUGCUCAUUGAAAUUGGUGUUAAGGUUGCGCAGCCACUGUUACUUGGCCAGCUCAUUCGUUACUUCACACCAAUGUCAGGCAUUGAAAAGGAUGAAGCAUACUGGUAUGCUGCAGGAGUGAUUCUCUGCUCAGGCAUUUCAAUUGUCACCCUGCAUCCGUACAUGCUGGGCAUUAUGCAUAUUGGUAUGCAGAUGAGGGUCGCUGCUUGCUCACUAAUUUAUAGAAAGGCUUUGAGACUAAGUCACCAAGCUAUGGGUCAAACCACUGCUGGUCAGGUGGUGAACCUGCUGUCCAACGAUGUCAACCGGUUUGACGUUGUGCCCAUUUUCAUGCAUUAUUUGUGGGUUGGACCUCUUCAGACUGCUGUUGUUUCGUAUUUGAUGUAUUCAAAGAUGGGGUGGUCAGCACUAAUGGGUGUUGCCACUUUGCUCCUUACUAUUCCUCUGCAAGGGUGGCUGGGUAAGAAAACAUCAACUUUGAGAAUGCGGACAGCUGUCAAGACAGAUGAACGAGUUAGGCUGAUGAAUGAGAUUAUUUCUGGAAUCCAAGUCAUUAAAAUGUAUACAUGGGAAAUUCCUUUUGCCAAAUUAGUUGAUCUGGCCAGGAGACUGGAAAUCAAACAAAUCAGAAUUGCUUCAUACAUUAAAGGGGUCUACCUUUCCUUCAUUAUGUUCACCACCAGAGUCACUGUCUAUGUGACUGUUGUGGCAUACGUAUUGAAUGGACAGGAAAUCACCGCCGAAAAGGUCUUCGUCAUUUCAUCAUACUACAAUAUAAUCCGCCAAACAAUGACAAUAUUUUUUCCUCAAGGCAUUUCCCAAUUUGCAGAGGGUUCUGUCUCUAUUAAGCGUUUGGAGAACUUUUUGCUGCUGAAUGAAAUUUCUGAAGAUGCCCAGUCCCGUCAUAGUGCCUCAACAGAUUCUUCGGGGGAAAAAGGCCCUAUCGUCAGCCUGCAAAAUGCAACUGCCAAGUGGAACGAUGAAAUUGCUGACCCGACUUUAAACAAUGUGAACGUCACUAUGAAAUCGGGUCAGUUGUUAGCCGUCAUUGGCCCUGUUGGCUCAGGAAAGACUUCCCUGAUCCACGCUAUUUUGCAAGAGCUACCACUAACUUCUGGCUCCCUGAGCGUCAGUGGUACCGUUUCUUACGCAGCACAGGAACCUUGGUUGUUUGCCGGAUCUGUCAGACAGAACAUCAUCUUCGGCCAGGCCUGGGAUCCUAAGCGUUACAAGACCGUAGUCAGAGUAUGUGCCUUGGAGAAAGACUUCUCCCAACUGCCUUACGGUGAUGAGACUGUUGUUGGUGAAAGAGGAGUUUCGCUCAGCGGAGGGCAGAGAGCUCGAGUCAGUCUUGCCAGGGCUGUGUACAAAGAGGCUGAUAUUUACUUGCUGGAUGAUCCGUUGUCCGCCGUAGACACUCACGUCGGGAGACACCUCUUCGACGACUGCAUCACAGGAUUCCUCAAAUCCAAAGCAGUUCUCCUGAUUACGCACCAGUUGCAGUACCUCACUCACGCUGACCAAAUUCUUAUUUUGAAUAAUGGGGUUGUUGAAGCCCAAGGUACUUAUCAGCAGCUGCAAGAGAGCGGUUUGGAUUUUGCUCAGUUGUUGGCUGAAGCAGAAGAUGAAUUGGAGGAUGACAUUAUAGAUGAUGAUGACGAGGAUGAGGCUGUGUCGGGUCUUAGGAGGCGCAGAAGAGGCAGUAGUGAAAGUAGUGCCAAAUCUGCUUUGGAGGGAGUUGUUCGCCAAAUUUCAAUGCAGUCUGUUAAAGCAUCUCAAGAGCUGCAGCAGAAAAAGCCAAAAGCCCAACAAGAAGUAGCUGAAAUGAAAUCGAAAGGAUCUGUGGCUGGCUUUGUUUACAAAGAGUACUUCAAGGCCGGAGGAAAUGCAUGUCUUAUUUUCACCAUGUUCUUAAUGUUUGCACUGGCUCAAAUUGCUGCCAGUGGAGCUGAUUAUUGGUUGACUUUCUGGACAAACUGGGAGGAAGUUCAGAACAACUCCACUAAAGCACUAAAUGAAUCCAGCAGCUCAUCAGGCUUUUAUACUAUUGAUUACACCACUCUUGAUUGGAUGAAUACCAACUUGGGUGUUUACAUUUACUCGGCCGUCAUAUUUCUCACUUUGAGUUUGUCGCUGUUCCGCUCUUACCUCUUCUUCAACGUCUGCAUGCAAGCUUCUGUAAAUCUCCAUGACAGCAUGUUCUCGUCAAUCACCAGGGCCACCAUGUACUUCUUCAACACAAACCCUUCCGGUCGCAUUUUAAACCGUUUCUCCAAGGAUAUGGGAUCUAUUGAUGAAAUGCUGCCAGCUGCAAUGAUUGAUGCCCUUCAGAUUGGCAUGACACUGGUUGGUAUCAUUAUAGUUGUGGCCAUUGUCAACGUUUGGUUCUUGCUGCCCACCUUGGUAAUAGGAAUAAUUUUCUACUACCUGAGAAUCAUUUAUCUGUCAACCUCAAGAAGUGUCAAAAGACUAGAAGGCACCACUCGUAGCCCAGUGUUCUCUCACUUAAACGCCUCCAUCCAAGGCCUGACCACCAUUCGUGCCUUCGGUGCCCAGCAAAUACUCGAAUCUCAAUUUGACCACCACCAAGAUCUGCACUCUUCAGCUUGGUACCUGUUCAUCUCCACAAGUCGUGCCUUUGGUUACUGGCUGGAUGUGAUCUGCUUCAUCUACAUAGCGAUUGUAACUCUCAGCUUCCUGGUGUUGGGCAGCGAAAACUACGGAGGCGAUGUUGGUCUGGCCAUCACUCAGGCCCUGGGCCUGACGGGAAUGUUCCAGUGGGGCAUGCGUCAGUCGGCCGAGAUGGAAAACCAAAUGACUUCUGUGGAGAGGGUGCUAGAAUUCUCAAAUCUAGAGUCGGAACCACCUUUGGAAACAAAAGAAGAGGCAAAACCAGAGAAAGGUUGGCCCAACAGAGGAGCAGUUGAGUUUGACAAACUCAGUCUGAAAUACAAAGAGGAUGAUCCUCCGGUUUUGAAAGAAAUCAGCUUCAAAAUCAACCCUGAAGAGAAAAUCGGUAUUGUGGGCAGAACCGGUGCAGGAAAAUCCUCCCUGAUUUCUGCCCUCUUCCGUCUGGCCAAGUGCAGCGGCCGCAUCCUGAUCGAUGGUGUUGACACAACCACUUUAGGUCUGCACCAGUUGCGAGCCAACAUCUCUAUUAUUCCGCAAGAGCCUGUCCUUUUCUCUGGCAACAUGAGGAAAAAUCUUGAUCCGUUUGAUGAGUUCCCUGACGAAGUACUCUGGACUGCUCUGGAAGAGGUUGAAAUGAAGGAGGCGGUGGCCGAACUUCCUGGAGGACUUGGUGCCAAAAUGUCUGAGGGUGGCAGCAACUUCAGUGUUGGGCAGAGACAGCUGGUUUGCUUGGCAAGAGCUAUUGUCCGGAACAACAAGAUCCUUGUCAUGGAUGAGGCGACUGCCAAUGUGGACCCCAAAACAGACACCUUGAUCCAGAGCACAAUCAGGCGCAAAUUCGAACACUGCACCGUUCUCACCAUCGCCCAUCGUCUGCACACCAUCAUGGACUCAGAUCGAGUGCUGGUGAUGGAUGCGGGCCGUGUGGCUGAAUUUGCACCUCCGUCUCAGCUGCUGGACGAUCCUCACUCUGUUCUAGCCAGAAUGGCCAAUCAGACUGGGGCAUCCAAUGCGCUGAACUUGCGGCAAAAAGCCAACCAGCAGCCGGUCCAGAGAUAGUAAGCUUGCAUGCUUGAUUAAAUUUAUUUCCUGUGCUGUUUGCAAAAAUGUGAUUCCUGUUUUUAAUGUAAAAUGCCUCUUGUGGUAUAAUUUAUAUUUUAAGUUGAAUUAUUGCCAUACUGCCACACAUAUUUUUUGUAAAUAAGAUUGUGACAAUUCCAGGCAAUUUGCAAAUCCUGUGUAAAUGAAGUUACUUAAGAAAUGCGGAUUUAUGUCUCUUUAAUUUAAUGAUCAAUAUACUAACUAUAGUUGAAAGUUCAGAGCAGUUCAUAUUUUUGUAAAGCAAGCUGAUUUUCUAUAGCCUUGAAUUAAAAAUAAAGAUAAACCAAUGCAGGAAAUGUUUACAAUGUUAAAUUACGUGAAAAUCACGCAGGAAUAAAAAUUUUAAUAACAACUAUA